CUUAACGAUUUUGUUUGUAGCAUCGUUAAGAUUUCGUUAAAACGUUAAUAUUUAAAUAUAGUUAUCGCUUCAUCAAUUUGUAUUUUGCAUAUUGACCACGAGGCGCAAGUUUAUGCACAAGUUUUAGAAUAUUUAUCAUGUUAUGGGUUUAUUGGAUAGUCUAUUAGCUAGAUGGAGAAGUCGAAAAAGAAGUGCUGAUGAUUCAAAUGAUUCAAUUGAAAAUAAAGAUAAAAAGAGACCUCGCACUGAAAGCUAUACUUUGACACCAGACAGCAAAAAUAGCAGUGACGCUAGUAACAAAGAUUGUGAUUAUUACUACUAUGGUCAUCGUGUAAGUCAAACUGAAUCAAGGACAUAUGAAUUUAAAGCUGGAGGUGUCCUGUUUGGUCGUGAAAUUAACCAAUUUAUUCAAAAAUAUGCAUCAGCUUUCUUUAAUUCUGGUGGAGGGGUUAUACUAGCAGGAGUUACAGAUGAUGGUGUUAUAAAAGGUGUGGGGUGUUCAUCCUCUGAUAAAGAUAGAUUUCAUUAUAUUUUUUCUGAUGAACUAAAAAAAUUUCGACCAAAUGUUUCUGAAGGAAUGUGGAGCAUCAGGUACAUUCCUGUACUAUUCAAUGACCAACGACCAAAAUCUUUUUUUAACACAAAUAAACUCUAUGUCAUGGAGAUCAAGUUUUCCAAAGGUAAAACAGAUGAAAUUUAUGAAACUGGAAACCAUCAGGUAUACUUACGCCAGGAAGGUUCAGUAUAUGGUCCACUAAAACCAAUGGAGUUGAAAAAAAUUGUUAUAGCUAAAUAUAAGGAGGCGAAAAGUUUUCAAAAAAAAGAAACAACUUCUGAUGUUGUGGUGCUCGACUGACGAUUCUUAUAAAAAUUAUGUUAAACAACAGUAAGCAGUGCGAAAAAUGUUUCAACGGAAGAGUAUACGAUAAAUUUAUUCGUCUUCCUCCACAAAUGUUUUCGUGGCUUUUAUAAAAAAGAUUUUGAAACCAUCUCUAGUGUGUAGAUAAACCACUAAGUUAGUGGUAAUUUAUUAUAUCAUCUCUUAUGUUUUAUAAA